ACUCUCACCCUUUCCGUCCGAAGUCGAUACAAGGUACCGACCAAAGUCGCCGACAACAAAAGGGUGGCGAUCAUCGAAGGAACACUGGAAGAUGAAGAUGCUCUAGAUGAAGUCUCAAGAUGCGGGGCUGAUACAUCUGUAUCCUUCGCUGGACCACCAGCCGGAAACAAAGGAAUGCCCCUCACAAAUGGUUAUAGAGCCCUUAUUCCUAAACUCGUCUCUCAAGGCAUCAAACGAGUUCUCAUUCUCUGCACGCCUUCCUAUAAGGAGUGGACGAUAAAGGCGAUCUCUUCUACGCGUGGCCAAUAUUGGGAGAUGAUCAGUGUUGGGGGAUACAUAACGUCAUUGCUAGCUGAGGAUGGAAUUAAAUGGACACUAUUUCGAGUCGGAGGUUUGACAAAUGGAGAGAUGCGCCUCGUUGAAGCAACUUUCUUGGGCAGUGGAAGAGAUGGUAUGUGGAUUAGUCGAGCGAGUGUUGCGGAAUGGGUGAUGGAUGAGGCUAUCCAAGAGAAGUGGGUUAGAGAGAUGCCCUAUAUUUGUAAUUAA